UUUAUUGCAGAGAGCAAAAUCUCCAGGCUUACGAAUUCAGAAAGGUGCUGAGUCCCGAAUACCUUGCUCCGCACCGAAACCGAUCCUCUCGUCAACUUGAUUCUCCCUUUUGUACUAUCACUUCAAAACCUCUUCUUUAAAAGUUUAAGCCCAAAAUUCUGAUCUUCGUACUACGCCGUGUCCUGCGCUGCCCUGGAUUCCAACUUGGGUCUUCAAUCCAUGGAUGAAAAUCCUUCCACUGAAGAAGCAGAAACUGAAACAUUACAAAAUUCAAACGGAGAAGAGUUAGUUACUGUGGAAGAAACUUCCGAUGAGGAACCGUAUGUCGGAAUGGAAUUCGAGUCGGAAGAAGCAGCUAAAGUGUUCUACGAUGCGUACGCCACACGUGUGGGAUUCAUCAUGCGUGUGGAUGCGUUUCGCCGCUCAAUGCGUGACGGCAAAGUGGUUUGGCGUCGACUGGUAUGUAAUAAAGAAGGGUUUCGAAAGCUAAGGCCUCGAAGGAGUGAAAAUAGGAAGCCCAGAGCGAUUACGAGAGAAGGGUGUAAAGCAAUGAUUGUGGUGAAGAAAGAAAAAACAGGGAAAUGGGUGGUGACGCGGUUUGUUAAGGAACAUAAUCAUCAACUGGUUCCCAUUCCUACCGAUGGUCGUAGGAGCAUGAUUUUAUCUCAAACGCCGGAUGAGAAAGAUGUAAAGAUUCGAGAAUUGACAGCAGAGUUACAACGGGAACGAAAGCGCUCUGCAGCAUUUCAAGAGCAGCUUGAUAUGGUAUUAAGACAAAUGGAGGAGCAUUCCAAUCACCUAUCAAGGAACAUUGAUGAUAUUGUUCAGAGUAUGAGGGAAAUUGAGCAAAAGGAGUGGCACUGUAGAGUAACUUUCUCGUAGACUGAGCAAAAUCUUUCAGAUUCCUACAACAGUAAGAUUAGAGACAAAUAUGCAAGUAAGCAUGCAUAUAUUUUAUAGGUAGAAAAAGAAAAAAUCAUGCUACAAAUAAAUACAUUGAAACAAAAAUAAACGGAGAAAAGCGACAUUAUCACUUAGAUACAGUGUAAGUUUAUGCUGAAUUAAAGCUUAGAGUUAGAAAUGGGGUGCGUUCUGCCAUGAAAAAUUAAGAUGACAAGAACUGUGAUGUUGUUAUAGGCACAAAACUUCUCCUCCUAAAUAAAAGAGGGCAAACUCAACAUCAUAUUUAUGUUUUCCUUUUUUUUUUUUUUGUUGGAGAAAAUGAAGUUGCACAUUAAAAGUAAAUAGCAAAAUGAAAAAGAAGAAAAAUCUAGGAUUUGAAACCUUGAACGAAGUUAAGUUUUCUAAGAGAACAAUGUGGUUUAAGGAAGAGACGAAAUGAAGGAAUUACCUCAAUGUUUAUCAAUAUGAGAAUGACAUGCUAGGAGAAGAAUGAGAGGUUUCUUGAUCAUGUAGCCUUGUUCAAGAAGAGAGUAUACAAAUCUCUCAUGCCAAGCCUAAAAAAUACUAAUAAUUAAGGACAUUGGGAUUUCAUUUCCCUCU